AUGGUGGAGCGAUCAGAUAAACGCUACAGCUCUGGAGUAUUUGUCGAUGAAGAAGGCUCUGGCUUUCGUCGCAAAGGCAGUCGUCAUUCAUCGAGAGUUGAGUUGUCAGCCCAAAAACUUUAUCGCCCAGAAUUUGAUUCCGUCAUGAGAGGAGAAGAAGCUAAUGAAAAACUCUGGGAACUUAUGGCAGAAUAUAGCUCAGGGCAGCUUAUUGCUCCAAUUGGAAAUCGAACUAUUUGAACCAAAAAGUCCCAACAAGCUAAAAUUGCAUUAUAUUUCAACUCUUGCACAAAUUUUGCUCAAAUAACUCAACAAUUUCAGUCUCAAUUAGUAGCCUAGGCGAGCAAUAAGAAAUCCUAAGCUAUACAUAGACUCUGAAAAAUCCACAAUUCAAAAAUCAAUUGUAGCCCACGUCGAGUAUACUUUGGCUCGCACUCGUUUCAAUUUUGAUAAAAAUUCCUGUUUCAAAGCUACAGCUCUUUCAAUUAGAGACAGACUAAUUGAAAGCUGGAAUGACACCCAGCAGCUUUUUACAGCAGAAGACAAAAAGCGAGUCUACUACAUGUCAAUUGAGUUUCUUAUCGGCAGAUCAAUGCAAAACGCUUUGGUAAAUUUAGGCCUUGAAGAUAAAUAUAGAGAAGCUCUUGAAGAAGUAGGCUACAAGCUGGAAGAGCUCUAUGACGAAGAAGUCGAUCCUGGCCUUGGAAAUGGAGGUCUUGGAAGACUUGCAUCUUGCUUCUUAGACUCUUUAGCCACUUUAGACUAUCCAGCUUGGGGGUAUGGGAUUAGAUAUGAUUAUGGAAUUUUCAGACAGAUGAUUGUCAAAGGCUACCAGGUCGAAAUGCCUGACUACUGGCUUGCACAGAUGAACCCUUGGGAAAUUGAACGCUCUGAUGUGUCAUAUGAUGUAUACUUCGGAGGAAGAGUUGAAAAAAGGUGGGAAAAUGGCGUAGAAAAAUCAAAUUGGAUCCCAAGCGAAACAGUUAAAGCUGUAGCCUAUGAUAACCCAAUACCUGGAUAUGACACUUUCAAUACUAUUAACUUAAGAUUAUGGAAAUCAAUCCCUACUAAUGAAUUUGAUUUCCAAAGCUUUAACCAAGGAGAUUAUUUCAGAGCUAUUGAAACAAGGCAAAAAGCUGAAUAUAUCACUUCGGUGCUUUAUCCUAAUGAUUCAACACCAAGUGGGAAAGAACUGAGACUUAGACAACAAUAUUUCUUCUGCUGUGCAACCAUACAAGAUGUUAUUCGAAGAUUUUUAAAGAAAUCAAGAGAUUGGGAAGAAUUUCCUGACAAAGUGGCGAUUCAGCUAAAUGAUACGCAUCCUGCGAUUUCUAUACCAGAGCUGCUUACUCUAUUUUAAUUGAGAUAACUAUUUGCUAAUUCUUAAAAGGAUGAUAAUUAUUAUUUUUAAAAAAUUUAUAUUAAAAUGAUAUAUUUUUUUUUCCCUCGAUUUUGGAAAUCCAUUGAAAUGUUUUAGGGAAAAUCUAAUUCAUUUCAGAUUUGUUUUAAAAUGCAGUUUGUCUGAAUUUUAAUGAAUUAACUGUAGAUAUUAUUAUAAGAAUCAUUAUUUAUAUGUAAAUUUUUUUUAUAAAAAAAAUUUUUUGCUUAUUCGGAAUGGAGAUUAAUUUUUCCAUAGUUUUUUGCUCGAUCUUAAAAGGGAAGAGUUAGAGUUUUAGUGGAUAAGUAUGGACUAGAGUGGCAAAGAGCUUGGAAUAUUUGCUAUAAGGUAUUUAGCUAUACCAAUCAUACAGUUAUGCCCGAAGCUUUGGAAAAAUGGAGUAUUGAGCUCUUUGAAAGGCUUCUUCCAAGGCAUUUGGAGAUUAUUUAUCUGAUCAAUUUCCACUUUAUGAACCAGGUUGGCCAAAGAUAUGGUGAGGAGGUUUGCACAUAUUUUUUAUAUACUAUUUUUAUAUAUGUCAAUUCCCUAAUGCCAAAAAUUACUUAAGAUAUGCCAACGAUCCUAAAAAAUUUGAUAUCAUGGGCUACAUGUCCCUCAUUGAAGAAUCAAGACCAAAGACAGUCCGUAUGGCUAAUCUCUGCAUUGUUGGAUCUCAUGCCGUAAAUGGUGUUGCAGCCCUUCAUUCCAACCUUCUAAAAACUCAGCUAUUUGCUAGAUUCCACGAGUACUUCCCUAACAAAUUCCAAAAUAAAACCAACGGAGUCACCCCAAGAAGAUGGAUUAAAUGUUCAAAUAAGCCUCUUUCAGACCUCUACCAAAAAUACCUCGAAUCUAAUAGCUGGCUAUCAGACCUUACUGAAACCAAAUCCUUGAUGAGAUUUAUUGAUAAUGAAGAAUUUAAAGAAGAAUUCAGACUCGCAAAGCAGCAAAAUAAAGAAAGAUUGGCCCGCUGGAUUGAAAAAGAGUGUGGAAUCAGAGUGCCUACUGACGCAAUGUUUGACAUUAUGGUAAAAAGAAUCCAUGAAUACAAGAGACAAAACUUAUUUGCUCUUUAUAUGAUUCAUAGAUACUUUACCCUCAAAGCAAUGAGUGUUGAUGAUAGAGCAAAACAAGUUAAAAGAGUCUUUAUGGUAGGAGGAAAAGCAGCUCCAGGCUAUAUUGCUGCCAAAAAAAUCAUCAAACUUAUCAAUUCAAUUGGAGAUGUCGUUAACAAUGAUCCUGAUAUAGGUGACCUGAUGAAAGUCGUCUUCCUUCCAAACUACUGCGUUUCUAGUGCACAAAUUAUCAUCCCAGCCGCUGACCUGACUGAACAAAUUUCUACUGCAGGAACUGAAGCAUCAGGAACCAGCAACAUGAAAUUUGUGAUGAAUGGAGCCAUCAUAAUGGGAACAAUGGAUGGCGCCAACGUAGAAAUUGUAGAAGACGUCGGUAUCCAAAACUCAUUUAUAUUUGGUGCAAGAGUCCACGAGGUUGAUAAACUUAGACAGCAUAGUGGGCAGCCAGCAGGGACUCGCUUACAAAAACUCUUUGAUGCAGUCAAAAAUGGGACUUUUGGCAACCCGAAAGAAUUAUCAUCACUUAUUGAGUCACUUGAGCAUAAUGAUGUGUACCUUGUCAAGUCUGAUUUUUAUUCUUAUAUUGAAAAACAAGCUGAAGCUGAUGCGACUUAUAAAAAUCAAGAUCAAUGGCUUAGGAUGUCGAUUACGGGAGCGUUAAAUAUGGGGAGAUUUUCAAGUGAUCGCACUAUAAAAGAGUAUGCAGAUGAAAUUUGGGACUUGGAAUCUGUAGAAAUUCCAAAACCUAGCCUCAAUGCUAUGUCAAGAGUUAAAAGCCAGCCGAAUAUUAAUCCUGCACAAGAAAGACUGGAAAAAAGAAGACAUGAAGAUCAGGAGAUUUCUCAUAAUAAAAUUGAAAGCAUCCCAACAGAAGAUCUGGAGGCAAGCUUGAUGAAAGAUGAAGAGGAAGAUAAAAUUCCAAAGUAUUUAUAUACUUCUUAA